AUGUGGAGGCUACUCCCCAUUGCGCUCCUCCGCCUGGCUUCCGCGUUUCCUACCAACUGGAACGGCACGACCACUUGUCCUCAAGAUGCCCUCUACACGUCCCUCAUUGGCGAUAGCGGCAAGUUUUGCUCGAGUGUUCUUGAGGGGAGCCACUGCGGGACGAGGUAUAGCACGCCUCCGGAGUAUAUGAGAUAUAACCAGACGCAGAUAUCAUCCUAUUGCGAGUGUAUCCUGACGGACUCGGGUGCUGUCACGACGUCGGCAAACUCUUCUAGGGAGUCGACGGGAGAUAUCACGGUUACAACCGCGGACUCGGCUUCUCAGACUGGAAGUCAGAGUGUUUCGGAGACACAGUCUGAGAUGGGAGGGCCAGGAGGACCGUCGGAUUCGACAUCGACGGCAACGACUGAAGGGCCAAGAUCAACGCCGACGAGCUUUUCGAACAGGACAGAUCCAGCUUCAUCUCUUGGAGAAGCGACCGGAAGUGGUACCUCAGCUGCAACAUCCAACGAGUCGCAAUCAGUGACAACUGAUUCCAGGAACGCGACGACUGGGUCUGCCCUGUCCUCCUUUGGUGGCAGUCCCUCGGGUUCAACCUGGACGACGACGACGGGAACACCAACUCCUGGUUCCUGGAACCAGACUCGAUCUGUUGUGUCCUCCGAAGAACCUUCAGGCCAGGUCGCCUCAAACUCGACCUCGAUGACGACGACUGGAACACCAGGGCCGAUGACAUCUGGCUCUUGGAACAAUACUCUGUUGCCUUGGUCAUCAUCUGGGGAAACAGCAAGCCAAAGUCCUUCGAACACUAAGCCUGACGAUUCAAGGCCAACUACAAGUGUCUCUUGGAACUCAACCUGGCCCGCGCUGCCAUCUUCUGGAGAGGCGACAGGAGGGAGUCCAUGGAAUACUCCAACCGACGGAUUGACACCAACGGCGAGUGGCACUUGGAACGAAACACGAUCAGCUUCGUCUUCGAUCAACCGUCCUUGGACAAGACCAGCACCGGGUAACAGCACUCGCAGCUCGACAAUCAGAGCCACACCCACAGGAGGUUCGUGGAAUACUACCGACCCUAGAACUCCAAUGCCGACGACCCCAGGAACCGUCUCGUCCUUUUCACAGGUUGUGAACAACACAUGGAGUACGUGGCCCCUCUCACCAACCACGGAUGUCACGUCAGAUCUCAAUGAACCUGGAAUGACGCGUUCCUGGUCAACUCGAUCAACCUGGAACACCAGCAGCAGCGGUUUGCUCCCUUGGCCUGUUCCUGGAACCCCAACUUCAGGGAGCGGAGGUGGUGUGUCACUUCCUACCGUUGCACCCACUUCAACCUUUGUGGGCUGGAACUCGAGCGUGAGCUUGCCGACUAUUAGCUGGAACGCAAGUAUAAGCCUGCCAACCAUCAACUCGAGUAUAAGCCUUCCGACUAUCAGCUGGCCCUCAGGAACUCUACCAUUUCCCAGUCUCCCGUUUCCUAUUCCUCCUCUGCCUACACUCUCCGACUUCAUACCAAGCCAGACUCCAAGCGGCAGCGUUGCACCUAGUGGAGAUACCACGUCCUCUGCUUCGGGGAGCAUCGACUCUGUCACAGCUCCCACAAGUCCCACGCCUACAUCCGCUCCAUCCGGCAGCUUCAACGAGACCGUAUCUCGCUGGGGCAACGCCACAACGACUGGCGCGUCCGAGUUUCCGGCUGUUCACUAUACGCACGUCACACGUACCGCGGCGCUCUCGCAGGAGACGUGCCAUACUCUGGGACCGGAUCCCGAGGGCGAUGCGACGGGACGUGCGUUGCUGUAUAACUCGAGGCUUCGAGAGGAGAAUGUCUCUAUUCCAAUACCGUAUAUCGAGUCGGUCGAGUUUGAGAGCGAAGGGCUCAAUCCGCUCUACCUUACGGUUCGUGAUGAACAAGGCGGCACUUACUUUGUCGAUAUCUCCCGUCGCGGUCAGCUGUCUGUCUUUGACCCUUCCGGGAACUCGAUGUCGCUGGAUGCCGUGGGGAUUCACUUCUCAGGGCCCAACUGCACAUACCAUAUCACGAUCGAGAUCAAGGACAUGUAUGAGCAGAUUGCCGACCUAGCAGGCGUGCAAUGUGCUGCCAUCAAGCGAAAGAGGCGCAUGGAAGAUAUGGACUUUAAACAGGUUCUGUAUCUGAAGGAUCAGUGUGGUAAUCCAGUCGACAAGUCUCUCAAACAGUAUCCCCAGCUUCUCGUUGGCGGUACCGUCUGUGCAGAUAUCGACGUCGACGAAGAAAUUGGGCGAUGGGAGUUUGACUGCGCAUUCCCUGGUUCUGAAUCUGGAUUUUUGAGGUGUCAGCAAGCUAUCAAGGAAGAUGUCCUCGACGUUAUCACGGUAGAUCCAUUUGGAGGUUCAUGUCCGGACCUCUCGACAGUAGUGACCACGCUUGACGCAACCGCCCAGGAUAUUCUCGAUCCAGAUGUCCUCCGCAAAGACCUUGGAAACGAAGGUCUUACCGAGAGGCAAGUCCAAGAAGCAGACGCCGCCGUCGUGGCGUACACCAAGCUGUGGACCGCUCUGCGCGCCUUCUUCUCCAAACAGUUGACAUUCUCCUCGUAUGGAGCGCUGGAGACGUACGUCAACGUGUACAACACCUACCGCAGCUUCGAGACAGACAUUUGCCAGUCUCUUCACGUAGACGAGAUCCCGUUCGACCUCAGUCUCAUCGCCGGCGCGACACGAAUCCCAUCGAUAACAAGCCUCAGCUGGGCGCCCACAAGAGCGCGACCUUACAACAUCACCAUACAAGAUCCCACCCGAAUGGCCUGCUGCCCCGGAGGCAGAGUCGCCGAAACAAAGGACGGCACGUGCGCAUACCCAAGAGAAGCCAUCAUCGAAGGAACAGGCUGCAUCUGCGGGAAGAACUCGGAAGGUCUCGGCGUCGCGUUCGAAUGGACAGAGUGCGGAAACUUUGUAGCAAGCUGUGAAUUAGAUGGAGAUUGCGAUGACGGUUUCAUGUGUUUGACGGGGAGCUGCUGUGGAGGGGGGGUUUGUGUUGAUGCGUUUGCUUGUUCACAGAAUGGGACCGAGUUGGUCAAGUUUGAUGGUGUGAUUUAG